CCUCCCUCUCUUACUCCCGAGGAGUGAGUGUGUGUGUGUGUGUGUGUGUGUGUGUGUGUGUGUGUGUCAGAGUAGAGAACGAGUCUGAAGAAGCGAGGAAAAGUUCGCCAAGCAGCUCGGCGGAUCUGGUGUUUGUUUCAGUUUCUUUCCCAUCCCUGACGCAGAAGAGCCGGAUCCGUGAGCAGAUAAUGAAGGCUGUGAGCAGAUUGUGUGCAUUUUGGUGUUGUGUGUUUGCUGUCCUGUCCUUAACAACAGCUGAGGAUGCAGAGAAACCGGCGGCCGGACGAAAGUCUCGUCAGGCAGAAGAGGAGGCGCUUGAAGGAGUGUGGGGUCCAUGGAGCGAGUGGGUGGAGUGUUCUCAGACCUGUGUAGUGGGCGUGUCUGAGAGGCGGAGACAGUGUAUGCCGCCGCCCCAAACUCCGCCUCUUAUGUGGAACCGACCGGCUUACGUUCCACCAGGUGUCCCGAACAACACCCCUGUGAUUUCUGCGGUCAGACCCUACUACAACUCCUUGUAUCCCGUCAACGAGCCCCCUCCAUUUGGAGCAGGGGGCGCUGAGAGGUCCCCAUACUUUUCCCCACCUCUCCAAGCCAAUCCAAAUCCUGGAUUACCGCUCUACCGAAACGAAGCCGGUGGUUUUGGGUCAGUGCAGUUCGGCUCACCAAAUCAGGAGCCGGUUUCAAUGUACCGUUCACCUUCCUCAUCCGCUUCAGUUCCCUACGGGAGAGUUCCCCCACGGUCGCCCAAUCACGGCAGAGCUGUAGCCAGUGGGAGCAGGAGGUCGGUUUCCACCAAUAGGAAUCCAGCGUCUGUAAGAAGGUCUAGUUCUUCUAUUCGUCCCGGACAGUUUGGGUACGGCAGGGUGCCGUUCUCUCUUCCCUUACACAGACAAAACCGUCACGCUCGACACACACACCGCCACAACACCACCACCACCACAGCCAGUCUGGGUGCUUUCAGUGUGAACUCCAGCACACCUGUGGAUAAAACACAGGGAGAAGUAGAACAAAUGAUCACAGACACUGUUAAUAGAGAACCAACGGAGACGGAAAAGGAGACGGAGGCAGCAGACGAGGAGAGUGAUGUGGCAGCAGAGAAAACAAGUGAUGGAGAGCCGCACAGACGUGUGGAGAGAGUGCAGGAACACAAGCGAAUCACACAUUCACAGCCCCUGACCCAGAGACAUGUGGCCCGCGACAGACGUAUCGAUGGACGCUCUUCUCGCCAAGUCCCACACUCCUACACACACACUAUCCACCGAUCACACACUUCCAGAGAGCCUCCUCCCUACGGCCUCCGGACUCCCACAAACCCCAACUCCGAGCCCUGGGUCCUGCAGAACGCUGCUCAGCCCUCCAGAAACGAAGCUGAGAGGGACGCCCACAACUACAGAUGCUCUGGACGGGACACAGAGCACCGCAGGUGCAGCCUACAGGCAUGUCCAGGUGCUCCAGUAAGCUCCAGGGCUGAGCAGUGUGCAGCGUUCAACAAUCAAGAGUUUAUGGGACGCGUGUAUGACUGGGAGCCUUUCACAGAAGUGGGUCUGGAGCAGCAGUGUGAGCUGACCUGUCGACCGGUCGGGUAUCGUUUCUACGUGCGGCAGGCGGAGAAGGUACGAGAUGGAACGCCCUGCGCAAAUAACACACCCGACGAUGUGUGUGUGGGAGGACGCUGUCUGAGCGAGGGCUGUGACGGUGUGUUGGGCUCGGGGUUGGUCCGGGAUCGUUGUGGCAUGUGCGGCGGGGGAGACAGCACCUGUGAGAGGGUCACAGGAAGUUUCCUGAACACCAGCGUCCCACUGGGCUACCACAAAAUCCUGAACAUCCCACCCGGAGCCACGGCCAUCAACAUCACUGAGAGACGAGCCAGUCCCAACUAUCUGGCCCUGCGCAGUGGAACGGGUCAAUCAGUGGUGAACGGACGCUGGGCGGUCGAUCCUCCAGGAGAGUAUCAGGCUGGAGGAACUACCUUCCUGUACAGCCGACCCAAAUCUGGGCCUCAGGAGCAGGGAGAAGAGAGAGGAGAAACCCUCACUGCUCUUGGACCCACAACAGCCCAGCUGCAGCUAUACAUUAUUUUCCACAGGCAGAAUCCAGGCAUAGACUAUGAAUAUUACAUCCCAGUGGAGAAACGGAGGGACGGAGAGAGAGAAGUACACAGAGAGAGAGACCGAGGACGGGCAGCGGUCCGAGAAAUCAGUGGCUUCUCAGUGGCAGUGGAGAAUCCUAUUGCUGCUCCUCCUGUGUCAUCUUCUGCCUCCUCACCUCCAUUUUCAUUCCCUUCCUCCUCAUCUUCAUCAUCGUCUUCCUCUGUAUCUGAUCGAUGGCCACAAGAGAGGCCCCGCCCACAGGGCUUAGGACCCAAUCGGAAUGCUCGAAUCCCUCCAAGAACGGACCUCCCAUUGGACAAUCAACCUGCGUUCGUGUGGCGAAGGGGUGCGCUGACAGAAUGCACUGCUACCUGCGGAAAAGGCUCUCAGUACAGAGAGAUUGUGUGUGUGAGUCGACACACAGAACAGGAAGUCCAUGAGCGGAGGUGUGACUCUGCAACCAAACCUGCGCCGGAGGAGGAACUGUGUAACGUUCAUCCCUGUCCACCGUUCUGGGAUAUGGGCGUGUGGUCGGAGUGCAGUGUUUCCUGUGGCUGGGGUGUGCAGCAGCGUCACAUACAGUGCAGGCAGAGUUUUGGGAAUCGCUCCACCAUGGUUCACCCUCAGCGCUGUGCCAGUCUCAGCCGCCCCAACGCCACGCAGCCCUGCCACCCACACGUCUGCUCGCGCUGGGAGAUCAGCACCAACUGGAGCACGUGCUCAGUGGAUUGUGGAGUGGGAAAGAGAUCCCGGAGCGUGCGCUGUGUCAGUGACCAUGGCAACACUGUGAGUGACAGGGAGUGCAGUGACAGGCUCCGCCCACAGCACACAGAGGACUGUCACAUGGGUCCUUGUGUCACGAACUGGUACUUCACGGACUGGACAAACACUUGCUCUGCAACGUGUGGGCCGGGCGUCCAGCGGAGAGAGGUGGUGUGUUUGACCGGCGGAGGCAGGAGAGGAGACAGAGGAGAGGAGUGUGGGGGGGAGAAACCGGCUGAUAUGAAGGCCUGUAACGGGGGCCCCUGUACACCCACCCACCUCUGGUACACCGGACCCUGGGGACAGUGUAACGCAGCGUGUGGAAGCGGCACCCAGCGCAGGGACAUCAUCUGCGUGAGGAAGACAGGAAGUGACUUCACCGUGAGCGCUGCCAGUGAGUGCUCACACCUGGAGAAACCGUCUCCCGUGCAGUCGUGUGAGCUGCAGCCCUGCACACCGCAGUGGUUCACCACCGAGUGGAGCACGUGCUCUCGGUCCUGCGGUGAAGGGGUGCAGACGCGGGAGGUGCGGUGUCUCACUGCAGACAAACAGCACAACACAGCCUGUGAUCUGGACUCAAGACCUGCCCAUGAGCGCUCCUGCAACACCAUACCCUGCAGUCCCUUCGAAGAUGAGAACUGUAAGGACAGAAGACAUAACUGUGUAAUGGUGGUCCAGGCUCGACUCUGCGUCUACUCUUACUAUAAGACCGCCUGCUGUGCGUCCUGCACCCAGAGUGCUCAGCGGGCCAAAAGACACUAACCCUGCACAAGCCACAGAGACAUCAGGUUCAGAGAUUCACCAUCAGAGCCAAAACUCAGCCAAUCACAGUUCUAUCAGAAGAAACAGCCAAUCAGAGGCCAUUCAGGUUCAAAAGGAAUUCCAAAAGAGAAUUCCAACUUGAGAUCAGGAUCCCUUUAAAGUUUGAAAAUGUUACCACAUAUGGACUCAUAGGCUCAAAUGAUUGACAGUAGCUCUUUCCCCAUUGGUGAUGAGUGUUUAAUACACUAUCCUGUCAAAUACUCAACCAUUCCAGGUUUAUUUGUGUGACUAAAGUAUGAUAAAACACGCAGAUAAAGCAUCAGUACACACCUAAUGUGUGUCCUUCGCUCCUAAGUAUGUUGCAUUAGCACUAAAAACAUAAUUUUUUUGUUAGAAAGUAAAAAAAGCUAAUGAUUUUCCAAUUAAAAUUAUAUACUUAUUGCAUAAAACUUGUGAGCAGCGAUACAUUUUUACGUACACAUUGAUCCUCCCCUUUCAAAAAAAACCUUUGGCCUUGUCUCAGUCCUCUAAAUGGCCCUUAAGAUAUCAGUACUUCAGCAAGGACAUAAAUAUUCCAGCAUAAGUGCCCAGAUUGUCUAAAAAUAGCACACUUAGUGCUGACAGUCAGUCCUACAGAUCGUAUUUGAGUGCAGUGUGAACAGAAACCUGUAAAUCUACUAUGAAUCUAGUUCAUCAUUAAGCUAUAAAGAGAAGAUUAGCAUCAUGAUCAGCUCUCUUUAUUUGAUUCAGUCUUUAUUUCUUUAGGUUGGUUUUGUCUGAAUGUAUAUCAGUCCUUGUGUGUGUGUGUUUGUGUGUGUGUGUGUGUGUGUUUCAUGUCUGAGAGUUUAUGUAUAUUAUGUAUAUUAUCACAUACUUUUAGACAGGUAGCAGAUAGUCUUUAGAAGAAUAAAAAGAUGCUUUAUAUAUAAAACAGGAAACAUAGCUAUUUAUCUAUGAUAAAAUACAUAUAAUUUAUUUUUUUCUUAUAUGGAUCAGUUGUUGUCUUUGAAAAAUUCAAGAUCAACUUGUUGCUAUACAUUUAUGUUGCUUUGUUAUGGAAUAAACAGUGUGUGCAGAUCUUACAAUUAUUAUUCAUAAUAAACAAACCUAAAAUCAGA